AGAUGGUUACUGUAUGGCUACUCUGCGAAGUAAACAGUUUGAAUAGGUUACAAGUAAAAUCUGAAAUUAUUUUUAUUGUUUAUUAGUUUAUUGGAAGUUGUAAUGAAAAAUGGAAAAUGCCGAAUUAGAACGAAUAAAAGUAAAACUACUUAAAGAAACAUCUGCUUUGGAAAAAGAACUCAAAGAACAAGAAAGCGUUGAACGUCAAGAAUCAUCUUCCUUCGUCCAAAAUACAUUUUUUGCAAAAGAGGACUAUGUGAAUAAAUAUUCAUUGGAAGAAAAUAAUAAAUUAUGUGAUUUUUCACAUCACCUAACUGGAAUAAUGUUUAAAGAUGCAAAAAAAGAUUGGAUUAAUGAUAAAAUUUAUAAAUAUACAGCUAAUGUAGUAACUAAAGCUAUUAGCUUUUAUUUAGAAUUAACCAUAGAUUUGAAAGAUGAUCCCGAUUUUGAAGUAAUUGAUAUAACAUGUCAUUUUAUGGAUGUUCCACCUUGUUUUAUGUUAGAAAUGACACCAUGGGUUCAAUUUCUUGCGAAGUUAAAAAAUUUCUCUUUUUUUAUGUCUGCGAUCUCUGAUUAUAGUCAAUAUAAUGUUCUACGUAACAAAAUUAUAAACUCUUUACGGAGUAAUAAUUAUAUAAAUUUUUAUGACCAUGAAGAAGAAAAUGGUGGAAUUUUAUUAGAUCUAAAAUCACGAAGAAAUCCAGAUCAAAUAUAUCUGAAAUAUCAAUGGUCAUUGAAAUUUUUUGAGAAAACCUGUCAUAUAGAGCAUUAUUUUACAAUAAAUGCUACAGAAUUUGGCAUGGAAUUUGUUGAAGCAAAUACUUCAUUACUUAAGCAAUUUUGCAAGUUGAAUCUAAAGAAGAAAGAUCUGAUUGAACUAUGGGCACAAUUAUGUAGUGCUAUUGAUGCUUAUGAAGAUAAAAAUAAAUGAAAUAUUCAAUGUUUAAAUAUAUGUAUAUAUAUAUAUAUAU